AUGACUAAGUUGGCUGAGAAAAAAGCUGUUCUCGAUGAAGUAGAGGCAAAGUUGCAAGCCUUGCAAGAUCAACUGGAUGCUAUGGUACAAAAGAAACAGGAUCUAGAGGAUAAUAUAGAACUAUGCAGUAAGAAACUUGACAGAGCCGAAAAACUGAUUAGCGGCUUGGGGGGUGAGAAAAGUCGCUGGACGGAGGUUGCCAAAACGCUAAAGGUGAAGUAA